AUGGUGUUAUCUUCAUUGGCAGCUGAUGAAGAGAUCAGGCUGGUCAAUGGCACUAAUCGCUGCUCGGGAACAGUAGAGAUUCUUUUCAAGGGCCAGUGGGUACGAGUGUGUGGCCAGAGGUGGGACGUAAACGAUGCCAAUGUGGUGUGUGGCCAGCUGGGCUGUGGGAGGGCUGUGAGUGUCCAAGGUAGUACCCACAUAGGUCAGGGUAGUGGUGGCAGGCCUACUUGGCUGGAUGAUGUUGGGUGUAAAGGCACUGAGAGCUCCCUCACAGAAUGUUCACAUGGAGGAUUGAAACACCAUGACUGUUUACAGGCUCAAGAUGCCAGUGUUUUCUGCUCAGUUAAACCUAAUAUCAGACUGGUCAAUGGGAGUGACCUCUGCUCUGGGAGGGUGGAGGUCUAUCAAACUGGUCACUGGCGAACCGUGUGUGACGACGUGUGGGACUUGAAUGACGCUGCUGUGGUUUGCAGACAGCUUGGCUGUGGGAGAGCUGAUAGUGCCCCAGAGAGGGCCUACUUUGGUCAGGGCAGUGGGCCCAUCUGGCAGGAUGAUGUUGGCUGCUCUGGCAGGGAGUGCUCCAUCACACAGUGCCCACACACAGGAGGAACAUAUAACUGUAAUCAUGGUGUCGUCCUGCAGAAGCCUUCACUCUCCACAGACCCGUCGUAUUCUGCCUUCUUGCAUGGAGAGGAGGUCCAACUCACCUGCACUCUUCCAUCCCGUAUCCUCUGUAAUGCUGUGGAAUUCAUCUUCUAUCUGAAUGGAGACUCCGUCAUGAAUGUGACCGUUGGAUCCUCACAGCCCAGGGCUACUUUAACAAAGUUUAAGAUGGACGAUUCACACCAGGGCAGUUACAGCUGUCUCUACAGAACCCUCUCCAACAGCCAAGCCAUCAGCUCCCCUUACAGCAACAUUACUAAAGAUGGUGGAAAAGUCAUAGGGUCUGGAGAGCCAGGGGGCCGAUUCCAGCGGAAGAGGGGCCCCACCAGGCAGCUGCGCAGCCUGUCCCGCAGCUCAGCCCGCGGCAGCCCCCCUGCACCCUCCCCUUAG